AUGAAUGAAUGUAUUUGCCUCUCAAGUGAUGAUGAAGACGAAGCAAUACAGGAAUCACCCCAAGUGGUUUUUGUAAAAUCAUCCUCUCGUGCCUUCACUUCAUCAACAGCAAGCAAUUUUUCAAAUACUUCCGAUCAGAAUUUGACACAACCAAGGCCUAUCAUUGAGAAUCACCUUUCACAAGAGGAUGUUUGCAUGAUAUUGAGCGACGAUGAGGAAACCAUGGCGUACACUUCUCCUCCUAAAAAAGAUGAAGCAAAUGAAAUUGCCAACAACGCCAAUGAUGAGCCUGGUUUUUCUAACACCCUAUCAUCACCACCGAUCUUUUUUACAAAAUCAUCUAUCACCUCUUCAAUUCCUCCUUUUCUGAUGAUGAACAACAAUCUAUUAAGCGAUGAUGAGGAAGAGGAGGAAUAUCAAUACAAGCUUCCUUCUCCUCCAAUUUCAAUGACUGAAAAUCAACCCAUCAGAGAAAGUGAACGUUCAUUGUCUCAACAUGAAUAUUCACAAACAUUUUCAAAUCACACAAUACUUACAUCUCAAUCAAUGGAAUAUAGCGAUUCUCAAAACAGCUCCCAAUAUUAUGAAAGCCAAUCUCAAUCUUUUGGCUCUUGCUCUCAACUAAGUUUUUCGGCCAGCAGAAAAGGCACGUUUAAGAAAAUUGCAAUAGGAAAAUUUGCUGCAUCAGAAAUUGUGACAAUGUUUGAUGAAAAUUUGCAAUCUAGCGUUGGAGGUGAAGACAUAAUUUCUGAUUUUACUCAAUACAUUGCUAGAUCAGAUACAAGCUUAGUUAAUAUCACAAAAUUGCCAAUUGCUCACUCCAUUCAAUGGAAAAGAAGACUUGCGUUGGAUUAUGUAUUAUUUGUUUUUCAAAAGCAGAAAAGAGAUCCAGGCAAUUCUAUUCGAUAUGAUUCUUCUAACAUGGAAAAUCAAACGGUCGAAUUUUUUAUUCCAUCAAUCGCCAUUAGAAUGACUGGUUCAUCGUUUCUCAAAAUUUAUACUGCUUCAAAAGAGAGCAACACAAAUGUACUGCACAAAUACCUAACCGAUGUCAUUCAUAGAUUGGAUUGUGAGGAGGGUAAAAUUCUCAUGCAGGAACAUAUUUAUCCUCAUUUAAAUGGAGCAAAAUUCAAAAUUAUUCUUAUCAUUGAAGGACUCAAUGAAUGCAUUAAGAAGUAUGAGAAUGAACAAUACCAAAAUUCUUUGCAAUCUUCCAAGAAAAAAAAGAAGCCAAACAACUCACUACCACAAGAACAACCUAAACGGAGGUCAUUUCAAAAGGAAGAUAUUGAGAAAUUCAAGUUGAAAACAUUAUUUACAUUAGAGAGGGUACAAAUUGUAGAGACAAAAAAUCUAACUCACACAGCAUCUAUUUUGAAAGGAGUAACCAAUCGUUUUCAAAUAGCUCCUUACAAGAAAAUUACAUCUGCUGUCGAUUUUAUUCAAAAGCCAUCAGGAGGAUUGAAUUCUAUCGACUCGUGGACAAUGCAACUUAUUCAAAUUCCAAAGAUAUCUGAAAAAGCUGCCAAAGCAAUCGCCCAACAGUAUCCAUCAUAUUCGAGCUUGAUGAAGGCCUACAAGAAGUGUAAAAGUGAAACAGAAAAGAGACUUCUAAUAUCUAGCAUCAAGAAUGGAGAAAAGAGGUUGGGAGACUCAGUUUCUAGGGCUCUCUAUAACUUUUAUUGCAUGGACAAUGAAGACAAUGAAGGAACGGAGCACAAUAUUUCAGAAGAAAGCAACUCUCAAAGAGGUGGUGACACACAAGAGUUGCAAAAAAAGAAAACUCAACAACCUAGAAAGAAGAAAAAGACAACUUCAACAACAUCAUCCAGCACUGAACACUCUCGUUCUUCAGAUAGACCUAGGGAUGAGAGUGAGAGUAUUCUUUUUGAGGAAUUGUUGUAA